AACUACACAGUUCACCGGAAGUGGCAGUUUAAUGCCCCGGGGAGACCGUCAGGGGUGUGGGGUUACCCGGACUGCCCAACCCGUCGACCCAAGAAACCUCUAGCUAGAUCUUGCCCUCGAGGAACGGUGUCUGGAAUCCACAAACUGCCACCGAGGCGCGUGCUGCGAAAGGAAGUGCUUCUCUGAUCACCAAUCAGCGGCGAGGAGCCGUUUUAACGUCCUUCCCCCUUUUACUCCUUCCCUUUCUAGUUUGUGCCCUCUCCCGCCUGCGCAGGGUUUGAGCGGUACGGCCCUUCCGGGGCACCGUCGCGCGCGCGCCGGCUGCGGACUCCGGCGGCAGCUUGUCUCUGCGACAUGGCCGGCUCGGAGGCUGAGUGGGUAACCUUAGCCAAUAACCUUCUUUUUAAAUGUCACAUACACCUGAGGAUACAUGGACUUGAAGACUGUGAUGCUAAUGUUUUUAUUGCUCUUUAUCAGUCCAUUUUGGGAGAAAAGGUUCCAGAUCUCAUAACUGUUCCCAAGAGUCAAGAAGAUGAUGCCCACAAUGUACAAGCAGUAAUUGAUUCACUGGCCUUGGAUUACCUGCAGGUCAGCUUGUCUCACAUAACAGGAGAAAAUAUAGUGAAAGGAGAUAAAGAAUCUAUCAAGAAUCUCCUGGAAAUAUUUGAUGGGUUGCUGGAGUAUCUUACAGAACACAUCAGUGAAGCAUCUUAUGAGAAAAGUGAAACUGAACAGUGUUUUAAAGAAUCUCAUGGAGGAAGACAUUUGGAAGAGGAAGAAAGUACCAAGGAGUCCAAAUCAUCAUGGAAAAGAGUUUCUUUUGAGAGGUGCUCUUUCUCAUCUGAGGCUCUGGGCCCCUCUUGGGGUGAAGAUGAAGCAGAAUCCACUGGUGAAAUAAUUCGACUUGGAGACACAGCACACACCUUUUCUCUAAGAAGUAACAGUGCCCAAAGUCCUGUUGAUACACAGCCUAAAAAAGCAUUAUCCUCACCAAGUUCGAAACCAUGUAAAGACACGUCAAACCCCCCCUCAUCUCUUUUUCUAUUCAAGAAUGCAGCAUCCUUUGUUGAAGACACGGAAAUCCCUUCUGUGAGUGUGGUUCCAAGUGCUAGAAGGCUAGGGGAGCCUAUCCGAGCAGCUAUUCCUUUACAUCCACCCUACCACCCUUCAGAGCCUCGAGCGCCCUGCCCUAUAGGAAGAGAAUACUUACGAUCAAGUCACUUCUCCCCUGUCAAGAAUUCAGCAGGAGAGCGCACAGCAUUUUCUGUGGAACCAGAUGAUACAGUUAUUUCAACUUCCACGCUGCCUAAAGAAAGUGACCAAAAAAUGUCUCCAGCUCAAGUCUUCAGCCCUAGGACAAGGAAGCUUCCAAAAGGAAAAAGACAGGAAAACAGAGCUGCAGCCUCAUCGUGGGAUUCACCUUCCUCCCAGAGGCCAAGAAAGAGGUUAACAGAACAAGAACUACAUGUGGUAUCGGAGAAGUUGUCUCAACGGCUGUCUGAACUAGACUGGAUGUUAAAAAGUGCCCUGGGCCAUCACACUGAAGACAAGACUGACCUUAGAGAAGAUAGCAGAGGGAAAGAGGACAGCAGCGAUGAGGCGGCGCUCUCUCAGCACAGUGACAGUGUCGUGGAGUAUGGACCGAAGAAGCUAAGGCCAGCAGGACUUUCUGUGCGCAGAAGGCCACAUUUCAGGUCUCAUUCUCUGUCUCCAUCUCCUGUUAACAAACACAAACAGUUCCAGAUAGAGAGAAAAAGACAGCGCAAGCAAAAAGAAAGAGACAUCCGCCAGUUCCAAGCAAAGGCAUUAACUGAAGCAUUUGAAAGGGAACUAAGAAGAAAUAAAGUUCAAGAGAAUAUUGGUCCUCAAGGGAUAAAUGAGGAGGAGGAAAUAGAAAAAAUAUACACAGAAGCUGUUCAUAAAGGAACUCCAAAACACAGUCAGCCCUGGAAGAUUUCCUCUAGAAAAACCACAGUUCAGAGUCCCAGAGGCGGCCUUCCGAAGCCAAAUAAAGCAGCUCCAAUGAAAGUAAAUGAACACAGUCUGCUGCCCCUGAUGCUGGAGCAGUUUCCAUUUCUCUAUGUCUCUGGCCCAACACUAAGCAAAAUGUGGAAACAGCAAAUUGCACAUAUUGAACAGCUCAAAAACGAUGCAUGUAGAGAAAAUCGAUCAAAGAAGAAACUCCGGGAUGAAAUAGAAGAAGCCCUGAGAAGGCAUGACCUCCUUACUGCCCUUGUCAAGAAAGAGUAUGAACAUAACAAGAGACUGCAAGACUUUAGGGACCGCAUUCGUAGACAAAGGUUGACCCAAUCAAAGAUAAAAGAAAAUCGUCAGCAAAUUGUUCAUGCCCGUAAAUACUAUGAUGAUUACAGAGUUCAGCUGCGUGCAAAAAUGAUGAGAAUGAGGACCCGGGAAGAAAUGAUAUUUAAGAAGCUAUUUGAAGAAGGUUUACAAAUUCAGAAGCAAAGAUUACAAGAUCUAAGAAACUAUGCCAAAGAAAAGCGAGAUGAAGAAAAAAGGCAGCACCAGAAUGAACUGGACUCAAUGGAAAACUACUAUAAGGACCAGUUUUCAUUGCUGGCAGAAGCCAUAUCACAGGAACGUCAGGAACUCAAAGCCAGAGAGAAAGCCCAGGCCCAGACGUUACAUAAGGUGAAGCGAGAACUGAGAUCUAAGAUGGAGAAAGAAAUCCAGCAACUGCGGAACGUGAUAACGCAGAAUGACGAUGAUGCUUUCUUCCGGGAGUUGGAAGUCGAGCGCUUCAGAGCUCGGCUACAGCUGGCUUCCUUUCAGUACAGUAACCGUCCCUUCCCAUGAGGCCCGACUUGACAGCUGCCAACAGGCGCCAUGGCAGGAGAAACAGGCACCUUCCUGCUCAAGCUGGAGACAGAAAGGGUCCCUGACCUCUCUGAAGCUCUGAUGGACAAAGUCAUCAGCUGGGGAAGGCAAGUAUUGUUCAGCCUCUCACUAUAGAACCAAUCUAUUGUUUUCCAAAACAAUUCACUACAAACUCGAUAUUCUUUAAAAACUUUGAUGCUGUGGUAGUGCAAACAGCAUUCAUUUUUAUUGCUCAACUUCGGCAUGGGCGCGUACAUAGUUAAUUCUUAAAAACCAUUUAUACAGAUGUUAUUGAUAAAGCUCAUGUAACAACUUGGUGAAAAUACAAAACGUCAAAGCUAAAACACUCUGUAAUAAAUACAAAUACAAUGAAAAUGAUAAAACUUUGUUUUUAAAGUCAGUUUGAGAGAAGGAAGAAUAUUACAUAAAGUGAACUAAUUACAUCUAGAAAUAAAACAAUUCAGCAUUUGGUACAAUCACCACCAUCCUACCAUAAGAAUGUUGAAUACCACAAAUGGUACCUGUUGGCUGUAAGCUGCAGCUUAAAGACAGAAGCAGAAAGAGCUGCUCUACCAAACUGAAGGUGGCCAGAAGCAUCUAACUCACCAGUG